ACAGCUAAUGAGAAUCACCUACAAACAAACCCACAACUUACACCAAGGACAGCUUGGUAGGAAUGUUGGGAAUACUGGGAAUACUGGGAACAGUGGAAUACCGCAACUUAAACCUGCUGCUGACUCUGAACACUGAAUGUGAGUUUUAGAAGAACCAACAGUCAUUAGACAAGGUUACUUUCAGGGAACAUUCGAGAGGACGAGGUGGUGUCACGACUGACUGACUGACUUCCUGUUUGAACUGUCUGACUGGUGAGUUUUUAUCUUCCCUCAGAGACAAAAUGGCUUCCAGCUCAGAGGAGGAUCUCUGCUGUCCUGUUUGCCAUGAUGUUUUCAAAGAUCCUGUGGUCCUGUCAUGCAGCCACAGUUUCUGUAGAGCCUGUCUGCAGAGCUGGUGGACAGAGAAACCAACAAAAGACUGCCCAGUUUGUAAGAGAAGAUCUUCAAAGAGUGAUCCGCCUCGGAACCUGGUGUUGAAGAACCUGUGUGAGGCCUUCUUACUGCAGAGAGACCAGAGAGCUUCAGCAGGGCCAGAGCUCCUCUGCAGUCUGCACUCUGAGAAACUCAAGCUCUUCUGUCUGGACCAUCAGCAGCCAGUGUGUCUCGUCUGUCGAGAUUCAGAAACUCACACCAACCACAGAUUCAAACCUGUCAACGAAGCUGCACGAAACCACAAGAAGGAACUUCAGGAAUCCCUGAAGCCCUUACAGGAGAAACUGGAGCUCUUUAAUAAAGUUAAAGCAAACUGUGAUGAAACAGCAGCGCACAUUAAGGUCCAGGCCCGACGCACAGAGAGGCAGAUUAAGGAGGAGUUUAAGAAGCUUCACCAGUUUCUCCAAGAGGAAGAGGAGGCCAGGAUGGCCGCUCUGAGGGAGGAAGAGGAGCAGAAGAGUCGGACGAUGAAGGAGAAGACGGAGGCUCUGAGCAGAGAGAUAGCAGCCCUUUCAGACACAAUCAGAGCCACAGAGAAGGAGCUGAGAGCUGAAGACGUCUCAUUCCUGCUCAACUACAAGGCUACAGUGGAGAGAGUCCAGCGCCCCCUGCUGGAGGAUCCACAGCUGCUCUCAGGAGCUCUGAUAGACGAGGCCAAACACCUGGGCAACCUGAGCUUCAGCGUCUGGGACAAGAUGAAGGACGUGGUCUCCUACACUCCUGUGGUUCUGGACCCCAACACCGCCAACACAGACCUCGUCCUGUCUGAAGAUCUGACCAGUGUGAGACGAGGAGUGGGACGGAAACUUCCUGACAACCUAGAGAGGUUUGACCGCUUCAUGGCUGUCCUGGGAUCUGAGGGCUUCAGCUCAGGGACUCACAGCUGGGACGUGGAGGUUGGAGACAAUACAGACUGGGAGCUGGGUGUUUUGUCAGAAUCUGUCUGGAGGAAGGAAAAUGUAGAGUCUGGAUUAUGGGGAAUAGAAUUCUUUGAUGAUCAGUACAUGUCAUUUUCCCCAUCAAAUCCAGACACCGCUCUCUCACUGGGCUACAACAUCCAGAGGAUCAGAGUCCAUCUGGACUGGAACAGAGGACAGCUGACCUUCUCUGAUCCUGACACUAACACACACAUACACACCUUCACACACACUUUCACUGAGAAGCUGUUUCCAAUGUUUAGCACUGGAAAUGAAGUGCCUCUGAACAUCUUACCAGAACAGUACAGUGAUGAUGAUGAUGAUGAUGAUGAUGAUGAUGAUGAUGAUGAUGAUGAUGAUGCCACCAACAGUAAUGUUAAUGUGAGAGAUUUGGCUGAUGGUGGCAAUGGUAAUGAUGCUGAGGGUGAUGACAAUACCAGUUCCUCCAGCGUUCUGGCUUUUUGGGAAUGUUGUGGCCUAACAUUUGCGAUUUUAGAAUAAUUUUUGUAAAAAAAACAAAAACAAAAACAAAAACAAUUGAUACAUGUUUUAUGUUUUUUUUGUUUGCUUUUGCAAAAAACUGUUUUCUUCUGAUUAUCAUUACUGAAUGCUAAAAAAGUGAAAUUCUUCAUGUUUAAAGUUAUAGUACACAGAACCUCACAGUAAAUAUUCAGUGUCAUUUAUACUGAAAGAUGCCAAGAUUUGUUCCGUGCAGCAUCUGAACGCCAAAAAAAACCCCCUGAAAUACACAGAACUUGUAGUGCUCGCUAGCAGCAUCCUCUGUGUUUUGUGUUUCUCUGUGUGUCUUUCUCCUAAUCUCCAGCAGGUGGGUUCCGGCGCAGGCGGUGGCAGCUGUUGGUUCACAGCUGCAUUCCAUCAGUCAUCAACUACCUACAGUUUAAAACCCCGGCUCACUUUCCACUCAUCGCCAGAUCGUUGACGUUAACCCAGUGAAGUCCUGCCUGCUCGCUGCCUCACCAGACCCACACCUGCCUUGUCUCUCAGCCACUCCUGCCACCUGCCUUCCCUGCCACCUCCACAUCCAGCAGCCCUUUCAUCGCCUUCCACUCCCGGCUUCAUCACCUCCUCAAACCAUAUCCACCUCCUCAGAAAUAAACUCCUUAACCGCUGCCUUGCCUCCGUCUGCAUUUUGGUCCUAUUCCUGUUGUGUCCCUUUUUAACAGAACUGAAC